AUGCACAAGUCAAGCAGGUCAAGCAAACACAAGUCGAAGAGUGGAGGAGGGAGAGGUGGGAGUCAGUGGAGUGAAUGGCUUUGGAGCGAGCAGUACCAGAAGCAUUACAAGUUCCGCCAGCACAGCAAUGGCGAAUACGAGUAUCACUGGCAGGAUGUUGUUUCAACGCCGGCGCCUGCGCCUCAAGACGAUUUCACUCCCCGAGCAGUAGACGAACUUACGGAAAACAUGGACAACCUCGACCUGCCAUCUACCCCCGAAAACAGUUAUAGCUACGAGGAGCAGGAUAUCGAGCGUAAUGAUCCAUCCUACAUGUAUCAACCUUCAUCGACAUCACACGGCAACUCAGGUCGAUCUAGGAAAGGAAAAGAGACAGUCUACGCCCCAGAUCCGCACGAUGAGGGAGACACUCCACCCAAAGAGCCUCCCCCAGCGGCGCCACCAUUAGAUCCAUUUUGGGGCGCCAAAGGUGGCACGACUGGACCGCAUGACGAAGAGUUAACUCCUCCGCAGGCUAGCGCAGAAAGCCUCUACCACGAGUCCCAGGGAUAUGGGGCAGCUCAUGAUCCAGUUUCAGCUGCUUACAGCCAAGACUCUGGGUAUGCAACAGCUGAUUUAGAUGACUUCGAUGACCCGAUUGUGCAAGAGGCUAUGACAGAUCGCAAUGAGAUGUAUGGGAUUUCUAGCCAAGGCGGACCAUCAACAGAGCCCGCCUACGGUUUGUACGAGGAUGACGAUGGUGCUGCAACACCGAGGGGCACGGGCCGGCAAAGUCCUUCGCCAUCCUUUGACAUAAGUGGCACUGAUGGUUCUGUUGAAGAUCUUGACCCACGUUAUGUGGUUGAACCGUCACACAGAUUCCGCCCCGGAUCGGUCUUCAAGGUCCUCUGGUCGGAACCAUCAGGCUCCCACGCCACGGGAAGCUCAACGAUAUCCGAGAUGCAGCAGAGGCCAGACAAGUACGGUGGAUCAGUAUUCAUCGGUUUCAGGCGCUUCAUUGUCAUUGCAAAUGAUGAAGGGCACUGCACCUGCGUGCCUAUCCUCACGUACCAAGGCAAAGCUUGCAACAAGAAAGGCGUGAAAGCUCACAAGCACGGCAUGAUCUAUAGCCAUAAACCGCAUCGGCCGCUGCGCGACGAACCAAAGCUCGGGUUCCCCCCAGUCCGAGUGAGGAUCACGUUGGAGGGAGAAAAGCUCGCCAAAGAAUCGCGCGUCAACUAUUCCAAGCUUGUCACGGUCGAACACAACGUCAAGGUCUUAUUCAUCGGCUACAUCGGCCCCGGCGACUUUGAAUACGUUGAGGAUGCUGUUGACGACUGCUGGGAGAAGAAGACUCGAGCGAAGAAAAGAUCAAAAAAAUAA